AUGCCGCCGAAACGCAGUCGGAAUAAAAAAGGGCGGCGGCGUGGGGAUGCGUCUAGCGAUGAGGAGGAGGCGGAGGUGGAGCUCGGCGGCACCAAGGCGCCUGCAGCCGCAGCCGCUCCUGCAGCAGCCAAGGGGCGCCGGGGCAAGGGGGCUGGUGGGCGAAAGGCUGCAUCGGGGUUUACAACGGCGGAUGUGGACCCGCGACAGAUUCGGUUUGCGCACGCGCGCAUCAAGCCCAUGUUUAGCGGCUGCGGAAGGACGUUGGCACAAACGCUGGAGGAGCUGCGCGAUGGGACAACCAAGGUGACGGACAUUCCCACGGUGACAGUGAUGGUGCGGCCGGACGAUGAUCCGACUUUGCCAGCCUGGUAUUAUAGCCUCAACAAUCGGCGGCUGUACGUCUUUAAGCAGCUUAGAGAGGAGGGCAUUUUGGACACCAUUCCCGUCCGGGUUCGUGGCAUGAAGCCGCACGAGGUGGCACGUUACACGCCGGACAACUGCGCUCUGCAGGCCAAAUUUUUGUUCAAGGAGCGGGCUGCUGGUGCCGACGGACAAGCCGAGGCGGAACGGGGUCAGGAUGAGGGUGCUGGUUCAGGGGAGGAGAGCUCUGACCCCGAACCCAGUCGCCAGAUUGCUGAUUCUGCUGCUCGACUUGCCCAAGACUUGUCUCUGUGA